AUGACUAACGGUGUUACCAUUGACCUUGGAAAAUAUCCUGGAGCUAGUGGAGUUAAUGGUAAUGGAAAGACUUAUACGUAUGAUGGUGGAAAUGUUUCCAUAGAAGAGAAUAGAAAUCCUGCUGGACUCUCUGGAUACAAGAGUGUGAUCCAUAAACCAAAGGACAAAGAAACUAAGAUUACUAGUAUUCAAGAUAGCAAAUCCCAGACCAAAUUUAAGAAUCCCAUAACUGAGUGUGAGAGUGUAGUAGUAUUUUACUGGGAGAGUGACGAUACUCAUAGUAAUCCUCUUUUACUCGAGCUUACAUCGUCUAAUAAAUCCUCCUCAUACUACACACUUGUUAAUGCUGGUAGUGACAAUACUUGGAGCGAGGAUCAAGGGGCAGCUGGUACUCUCAGGCAAAAACUUAACAACCAGAACUGUCUUAAGAACAGAGCUCAUAUUGUAGACAUUUCACGGAAUAGCAGUUAUUAUUGUCCUAGUUGUAAUUUUCAAUGGGUAUCAGUAUCCAACUAUGAUAAGACCGAGACAAGUGGUGACUAUUCCUACUCUCAUCAUCUUUCUAGUGGUAGUUUCUUGAGAUUCAUGGAUGGAAUGACGGAGCAGACUGGAAUUAACUUUCUACAGAGUACCACUCGAGUGUAUGUAUAUUACUAUCCAAGUGGGUACAAUAGAAUUCCACUCUUGAUCUAUCUUCCACUACCAUCCAAUAAGUGGUUUGAGAGGACCUCUGUAGAUUCUAAUACAUGGAAGUCAGUAGGAGGUAGUAAACCAACAUCUACAUUUGAUAAGGAAAAGAUACUAAAGAUUUUAAAGGCCAUAUUACCAACUGUUACUAUAGACCUUGGACGAACCAGUGGAAGUUCUCCUACCUACUCUGAUAGUUCUGAACAGAUUAAUCUUAAAAGACAGGAUCUGACUGGCAGUUUCUCAAGCCUCUCUCACUCUGUUCAAGGUAAAUCUGCCUUUAUAGUUAAGAAUGUACAACAUAACGGUUCCACCCUCCUUGGCAUAGAUAAAAGUCUCAUUCUUAAAAAUGUAACAGCAUACUAUGAGGGAGAUAAUCUUGAUUCUAUGGAUUGCCUUUUAAUGGUCGAACUUGAGAAAAGAGGUAGUGGUAGUAAUAACUACGCAUAUUAUGGUAGGGACAACACUGGAUAUAGGUGGACCCUUCUUGAUGGAAAGACUGAGAAACUGAAGAGUACCUCUCUCACCAAUAAACUUAAGGAGUUAAAGGAAAAGCUUGCGAACUCAUCUCAAGAACCAGACACUGCUGGUGGUCAAACUGCUCAACUUGGAGGUGCUUCUGAAGCUCAAGGUAAAGCUGCAGGGCUCUCUUCAGGUGUUAUAGCAGGAAUUGCCAUUGGAGUUAUGGGCGCGGUGGCAUCCAUUGUCAUUCUAGUCUGGAGGAGAAAAGUCAUGGUAAAAGCUAUGACUACCUUAUAA